AUGAUGCCGUAUGGAACUCAGGCGGAGGCGGAGGCGGCGCUGGGGCGGGCGCUGACGGCGGUGGAGGAGCUAUGGUUCCGGUAUUCCGCCCAGAUUCCCGACUGGCUGCUGUACUACCACAACAUCCUAUUCCUCUUCCUCGUGUUCACCUUGGUCCCCCUCCCGCUUGCCCUCCUCGAGCUCAAGGGGUUUAAGCCCCUCGACAAUUACAAGCUCCAGCCGAAAGCACGAUUGCUUCCGGCCGAGUUCCGCCGGUGCUACGUUGAUGUGAUGCGGGUGUUUAUUUUCGUUGUUGGUCCCCUACAGCUUAUGUCCUUCCCCAUGAUCAAGGUACGGGGCUCUUCUCGUUAGACUUACCACCUUCAUCGUCACUCGUCUUCCGACCGGAUGAUCCGAUGUCGGCACAUGUUGCAAUAUUUUUUCCCUUAUUAUUACAGAGAGGAGAUUUAAACAUUUUCCGUUCAUUUCUUUCUUCCUUUCUUUCUUUGAUAUCUCGAGGAUUCAAACUAUCGAGUUUUCAGAUAGGAGAUUUAAACAUUUCCCAAUGGUAAUUUGAGGUUUCAAAUUAUCGAGGUCAUUUCAACGCCUGAUGGGAAUCAAAUUUCAUAAAUAGUCUCCUCGAGUUUGAUCUGUUCACUGUAUUCUCUUGGCAGUUUGUGGGGAUCAGGACAGGCCUGGGCUUACCCAGCCUGUGGGAAAUAUUCUUCCAGCUUCUUGUUUACUUCCUGUUGGAGGACUACGGAAACUACUGGAUCCACCGGUUUUUGCAUUCCAAGUGGGGUUACGAGAACAUCCACCGGGUGCACCACGAGUUCACUGCACCUAUCGGGUUUGCCGCACCAUAUGCCCACUGGGCGGAGGUGCUGAUCCUUGGCAUACCGUCGUUCCUUGGGCCUGCUAUUGCGCCAGGACACAUGAUCACCUUCUGGCUGUGGAUUAUCCUGAGGCAGAUGGAGGCUAUUGAGACUCACAGUGGGUAAGACUACCUUGCUGCUCUUCUUUUUCCUAUCAUCGAGAAUUUCUUGAUGCUUAGAUUUUUAAGCCAUUGAUAGAGUCAUUGCUUAUUCAUUGAAAUAUCUUGGGAAAUGGUAUUAGAAGAGGUAAGUGCACAUUUAGGUGGUAUUACGCUGUGGAGAUGCUUGCAUUACAAUGCAUCCACUGUAACGAAAGAGAGGAGAAGAAUAACAUCAAUCCAUCAUUCUAUGAAUUAUAUUCAUGGGUCAAUUCAAGCAUAGGAGGCCUGAUAAUGUGAGAACCUACUUAUAAUGCCAUGUGCGAAUGGAAAAAAAUCGGUUGGUGGUCUUCAUUCUAUUAGAUGCUUGAAUCUUUGAUAGUGCUUGUUUACAGAUAUGGUGAAAAUUUAUUCAUAGAAUGAAAAUACCUAGAUGGGGAAGUCAGUGGAUGGAAUCAUAUUGAUUUAGAUAUCAUAUUCACUGUAGUGGCUGUACAGAGAAAGUAGGUGUUGGUUAUAGAGAUCCUUUUUUAGGCUUUCCUGUGAAUACGUAAGGUCAAUUGACAUUGAUAAUUUCACCUUUCUCCCUUCUUUCAUCUCUCUCAACCUUUUGUUGCAUAUGUUUAUACAAGUAUGAAGUUGGAUUGUCUUUUCCCCACCUACACUACGACAACUGCUGUAGGAUUUGAUGUAUUGAUCACUUUGGGCUGUUUGUAAUCUUUGAUGCGGAAAUAUGAGGCAACAUCAUUGAUUUUCUCACAUUUUUCUAGUCAUCAUGGUCAACAGUUGCUUGUAUAAGAUGCUCUCCAGUUUUAAUGCAUGGAAGAUUCCUUUUCAAAUGAGAAAAAUUGUGCCGAAUAAAUUAUGGAAUUCCAUCCAACAAAACUAGUAGGCGACUUUUAGUUAGGUUAAUGGUCUAUGACAUCCACAGUUGGGCAACUUCACUAAGGUGGGAACUACAUUUCUUCUAUUUUUUGUCUUAGAAGGAUGCAUCCUUUUUUGGAGAAAUGCUGUGAGCAGGUGGACUAGGUUGAUGUAUGAGUAAUUAAGGAUACUCACUGAUGCCACCUUAGUUUGAUUCCAUGCCUAGAAUCGCUCGAAAUCGAUCACGGAGUAAUCAUAGUGAAUUUGGCACGUGCUGGGUAGAUUUCUAGUAGAAAUGGUAAGAUUAUAAAACUUCAUUCUUUUCAAGGAGAAGAAUGGCGAUCAAAGUCUGUGCUUUUGAACCAUAAUGAAACUCAAAGUAAAUUAAUUAUAUGGGAUGUGAAGGGGACUGCCUAACGCGAUUAUUCUUAGGAAUCAGCCUAAUUCAAGUGUUUCAUGUUUGAAUGCAUUAAAAUGAACUAUUCCAUCUAAUUGCUAAUGUAGUCAAGGACAGUGCCAUAUAUGAUAACCCUCAAAUAUUUGGAGACCUCGAGCAGAAUGUGAAAACUUGAUAGAAGUCUGAUGCCACUUCUGACGGUCACGGGCAUGAUCUAGUUGAUUUUACUUUUAAAAGCACUCGCGUAGUUUCAUUUAGUAAUAUACUUCUUUCUCCCGUGUUGAACAGUGUUGUCAAUCAUGAUUGUAUGAUGUAUAACGCAAUUUUAGUUGGGUUUUAUUCCUAUGAAUAUUGACCAAAAUCCUGUCUGCGGACAGUUAUGAGUUCCCUUUCACUCCCACAAAGUACAUUCCUUUCUACGGGGGUGCGGAGUACCAUGAUUAUCAUCACUAUGUUGGCAGACAGAGCCAGAGUAAUUUUGCUUCUGUCUUCACCUACUGCGACUAUUUAUAUGGAACCGACAAGGUCCGUUAAUAUGUCAUUUGUUUAUAAUUUUAUUUUUCCUGGAUUUAUUUAAAGUAGCUAUUUUUCUGUAUAAUGACUGCUGUCUGAUAAUCUCAGGGCUAUAGAUACCAGAAGGAAUAUCUUCAUAAGGUACAUAUCUUCCCUCCAUAUUAUUCCAUAUUAUCCAAAUGCCCCCGUUCAUCAUCUCACUCAGCAUGCUAUACUUUACAGAUACAUUAUUAUCCUGAUACGGAAAUUCCCAGAAUUUAACUAUCUUUAGAAUAGGUUUCACGUUGAAUCUGACUGUCAAAUUAUGGAGCCUGAGCCUUCUUCACUCGUGGUGAUUGCUUUUGCGAUGGAUGACCUCAUUCUUUCACAUUCUUUCAAAGCAUAUUAUCCAUAUAGAGCUGAUAGGACGUAGGCAAAACGCCAUGGCCUCAAUCUACAUCUCAAUCAAAACUGUGUGCCUGGUCCAUAUCAUGUACAGUCCAGAUUUCUUUGGAGAUUGUCCGGUAAAUAAUGAAUUAUUUGUGGAGUAGGUUCCUUUUAAGAUGGCCAGCACAUGAAUUCCACAAAUACCAUUCAUAUUUGUGGAGUAGGUUCCCAUUUAAUAUGGCGCAUGGUUCCAGAAUUUUUUUUUAAGAAUUAUGAAUGGUAUUUAUGUGCUCUUAGAAGUCCUUGAUGGUGAAGCACAGAUCCCUAAUUUCUCAAAAUCACAUAUUGGAAAGAGAGGGAAAAACCAGGUGGACAACAUUUACAGUGGAACCAUGUUAUGAAUUCACAACUACCAUUCUUUUUUCAUGAUCCUUCUUACCGUCAAUCAAUCCGGUGAUAUCUCAUCAGAAGACGAUGCCAUGAAUGUCCAGCAUCAGCAUUCAUCAAACCCAUUAAACAUGUUUUCCAAGAGAUUUUACCGGAAUUGUGAUCUGUCUGUGGGAACACCGAAAUCUUUGUCACCCUCAGAUUAUCCAGAUCAAAGCCUCUAAUUCCGAAUAAUGGUGAUCAAUUUCUUCAUUUGGCAGAUGAGAAAUCAAUGGGCUGAUGGGGAUUUCGCUGAGGCUGCAAAAUCCGAGUAA